CUUUAACUUUAACUUAUCAAAAUGGUAAAACGACAGAUGUCCGAAACAGAGACAGAAUCGAACCUCCCUGAUCUCGAUACGGAUGCCAAUGUAGAAUCAGCAGGUUCUUUUGACGUUGAAGAGGAAGAGAAGCAUGAUGAAAGUCAUAGCAAGAUCAAAGAUGUCGAUUCAGGCGAACGAACAUCGAAGCUGGCAUUUGCUAUUCCAGUACUAAUAGUCCUCGUAAUUGGAUUAGCGAUUGGAUGGACAAUAACAUCAUUAAACAAAGAUCAAUAUUCGAAAGACCAGACCAACUAUAUAGAAAAACUUAACGCAAUAAUUGAAGACCAAAAACUGAUGAUGGCCAACCAAAAGAAUGAAUCCCAAACAGCUAUGGAAAAAGUUGAGGUUUUUUCGAAAAAACUGAACUCAAUCGUCUCUGGUUAUACUCUAGGAAAAUGGAUCGCCGACGACGAAGUGAUAUUCUGGAUUGUGAAACUUCGUGCAUCAAUUAUGACAUUCACGGGUGCAGAGGAUUUCUGUAUACAACACGGAUCGACUCUUCCCAUUAUGAGGAAUGAGGAAGAAUUUGACGCGAUCAACAAAAUGAUACGCAACGGGCUUCCCCAGUACGGGAGGGUAUCGUUCUGGACCGGCCUUACAUAUGAUAUCACGACAAACACAAUUGUAAAAGAUGGUUCAUUCACUCAAUGGGAAAACGGAUAUCCGUCGAAAUCCCCCUAUAGUGAAAAUGUGUUCAUCAACGUAGCCAAAGAUCCAAACGAAAGUUACCAAGGAAUGAGGAACUGGCAAUAUUCGAUCCCGCUAAAUGCUGUACUUUGUCAGAUAUGAAAGUCAAAAAUCAUGCCUACAUAUUAUCAAUGAAAUUAAACAGUCGAUGCCCAAAACUACCUUGCUGUACAUAUUUUGGCAUUUAUAAAACAUUCGCUUUAUUAAUUUUAACUGCUUUAAGUAAGUAAGAGUGAAAUGUUUGUAUUAUUAUUAAUUAAAUCAUACUGUUUAACAAACUCACAUGUAUAAGUUCAAACUCAUAUAUCUGCUUCCCCUUACAACGCGCUGCCCAGACGGCUGACCAUGUGGCCCUCCCCUGACGGUGGGUUUCACCUUUUUUUUUUCAAAUUUGCAUUGUUAGAAAGCUUUCGCUUAAA